UUUUGGGCAUAACGUGCAAUAAACCAGAGUCUCAUCUCCCAUUCCCUUUAAGAGCAAGUUACGCUCGUGCCACGGCGGAUUCGCUAUUUAAACGGCGGAAUUUUAAAGCGCACAGACUGAACGCGUCUCCAGAGAGCAAACGGAUCUGCUCACGUGCAAGCAAAUAGAAAGUUCCCAGCCUUGCUUGUGACUUUCUCUGCCAAGACUUGGGCUCCAGAGGAGUGACAGUGAGCCUGUAGCACCAGUGCCAAACCCCCACCCCUGGAACACAUUUUUCAUCUUUCCACAAUACUUUGUGUCAUAAUUUGCCUUUUGAUGUCUUCUGAUGUACUAUUUGAUCAUUUGUUUGAUUGGCCUGAAACGCCAAACUCCCACCCCUCAUUCACCUGACCUAGAGUUUGAGCUCUUUCAGAGAGAGAUCCAAACAGGGACGAACAUGGAGGAGCUGGCUCAAGAAAGCAUCAGCCUUUUAACAAAGCCCUCUCUGGACACAAACGGACCAAAGUUGGGCUCGUUAGGAGCGGUUUUCAUCAUGCUGAAGUCUGCGCUGGGUGCAGGGCUUCUCAUCUUUCCCUGGACGUUUGAGAAAGCUGGAGGAAUUCACUCUGCUGUCACUGUAGAAAUGAUUUCUCUUGUGUUCCUGAUCAGUGGACUUAUCAUCCUGGGCUAUUCGUCUUCAGUCAGUGGACAAAACACCUAUCAGGCUGUGGUCAGAGAUGUGUGCGGUCCUGCCAUAGGCAACCUCUGUGAGAUAUGUUAUGUCUUCAACCUCUUCUUCAUAUCUGUUGCUUUUCUGGUCAUAGUGGCCGACCAGCUUCAGAAAUUGUGUGUCUCUAUAUAUGAGUUAAUCACAGGAUUGCCAGAAUCAGAGAUGCCGUACAACUGGUACACAGACCAGAGAUUUGCCCUGUUUCUUCUGUCUCUCUUCUUCAUUUUCCCUCUCUCUGUCCCAAAGGAGAUCAGCAUACAGAAGUAUACCAGUCUUUAUUUAUUUUUGCUCAGUGUUCUAGGAACUUUUGCCGCCACGUAUCUCACUGUUGCCAUCAUUGUGAAAUACCACAUGAGGCCCGUCCAUGAGAUCAGUCUGUCGCCUCUUUACAGCAGUGGAGUAAGAUCAUGGGAUUCGAUGUUCAGCGUCAUCCCGACUAUUUGCUUUGGCUUUCAGUGCCACGAGGCCUGCGUUGCUGUCUAUAGUAGUAUGGAGAACAGGAAGUUGUCCCACUGGGUCUUCAUCUCUGUGGUGUCCAUGUUCAUCUGCCUCAUCAUCUACUCUCUCACUGGAGUCUUUGGGUAUCUGACGUUUGGGAAGAACGUAACUCCUGAUAUUCUGAUGUCGUACAGUGGGGGUGAUGUGACCAUGAUCAUUGCCAGGCUGCUGUUUGGAAUCUCAAUCAUCACCAUCUACCCCAUCAUUGUCUUGCUUGGAAGAUCUGUGAUUCAGGAUCCGCUGCUGCGGCGACGACACAAACACACAGCAGUGACAGGAUCUUACGAGAGCCGGACCCGUGUUGCCUUGACCACAGCCUGGGUCACAAUCACUCUUCUCAUCGCAGUGUUUGUUCCAGACAUUAGCAAAGUGAUCGGCGUUGUCGGAGGAGUCAGUGCUUUCUUCAUCUUUAUAUUUCCAGGACUUUGCCUAAUAUUUGUGGUGCAGUCAGAGUCAAUUUCUCUUACAAUGAGAUAUCUUCUGAUCACAUGGGGAAUGAUCACACUUUUCUGUGGUACCUGUAUUUUUGGCCAGAGCACUUCUAUUGCGAUCAUGCAACUCCUAAGUGAAAUUUAACACCAUGCUUUUAUGUGUAUUUUGCAUGUAUGGACAAAUUCCUUAAAAAUGGAGAUUGUUGUACAAAUGUACAACCACCUUUGUGUGAAAUACCUCAGACAAACAUGUCAUGUAAAUCUGAAUUAUUUAUAUAUUGUCAUGCAAUGUUCUGCAAUUAUAAUGGCCAAUUUCAUGUUGGGAUAGAUGUGAGUUUUGUUCAGGGUUCCCACGCUUCUUGAAAGUACUUAAAUAUCAGACACAUGGAUUCAAGGCCUGGAAAGUAACUUGAAAACAAAUAUAGGUUCUUGAAAGUGCUGGAAAUAAAUGUGAAAUUUUGUUUAGUAGAAUGGUGCCAUUUCAAAAAUAUUUAGGAGCACCAGUGCAAAUGACCCAAUCAGCAUAUUUGUGUUUGCGCUGAGGGGCGCUUCAAAGGUUUCUAACGUAGCUACUUACAACGUGUUUUUGCAGCGGUGAGUAGACAUAGGCCUAUCUGUUGAUUCCUUGAUCACAAUGUUAAUCAGAAUCCACUCACUGCUCAAAACGCCGUUUUGUUCAGUGCAGACUGAGUUCUGCAAGCUCACAAAUCCUCUCAUAACAAACAAAGUGUAGACAGGGUGUAAAUAAGAGAUUCACUGUGCAGUGUAGAGAGCUGAGUUGAUUAUAAUGGAUUAUAAUUGUGAGAUCGCCGUGAAGGAAGGAGACUGACAGCUUUUAAUGAUUGGGCUAAGGGAGUUUGCAAAUGAUAUUUAUUUAAUACAACAGUUCGUUAAACAAGAAAUUAAUAUUAAGUGACUUGCAUUGUCUGAAUGCUAUUGCCUGAUUUCGCUCCAUUUCGUUAACGAAAAUAGUUUCAAUCAAAGUAACAGCUGAGCCGCUGCGCAUCUCCAUUCAAACACAGAGUUGUUUUGUUUAUGUAUGAUUGGGAGUUUUUAAAUGGAUCUGAUUCAAUUACCCAUUCAUAAAGACAGUCACUUGCUUCGUUCCUGAAUGAAUCAGCCGUUCGAACGAAUCAAUUGAAUGAAUGAUUCAGUGGUAAAAAUCAGUGACUUGUCGCCACCUACUGGCAGUUUUACUUUCAUUUUAAAGUAUCUUUUCUGUUAUUUAAAUCAUUUAAUAUUUCUAUAUUCAAAUUCGUAUAUUUAAAACAUAACCUCAACAUGAAGUUAUGAAUUUAAUUGCACUCAUGCGACCGCUGAGCCUCAUUAAACCAUCU